AUGGCCUCUAAGUGUGCAAGUGAAAGGAAGAGUCGCAUGUCUCUCACUUUAAAUCAAAAGCUAGAAAUGAUUAAGCUUAGUGAGGAAGGCUUGUCAAAAGCAGAGAUAGGUCGGAAGCUAGGCCUCUUGCGUCAAACAGUCAGCCAAGUUGUAAAUGCAAAGGAUAAGUUCUUGAAGGAAAUUAAAAGUGGUACUCCAGUGAACACACGAAUGAUAAGAAAGCGAAACAGCCUUAUUGCUGAUAUGGAGAAAGUUUUAGUGGUUUGGAUAGAAGAUCAAACCAGCCACAACAUUCCCUUGAGCCAAAGCCUAAUCCAGAGCAAGGCCCUAACUCUCUUCAAUUCUAUGAAGGCUGAGAGAGGUGAGGAGGCUGCAGAAGAAAAGUUUGAAGCUAGCAGAGGUUGGUUCAUGAGGUUUAAGGAAAGAAGCCGUCUCUAUAACAUAAAAGUGCAGGGUGAAGUAGCAAGUGCUAAUGUAGAAGCUGCAGCAAGUUAUCCAGAAGAUCUAGCUAGGAUAAUUAAUGAAGGUGGCUACACUAAGCAACAGAUUUUCAAUGUAGAUGAAACAGCCUUAUAUUGGAAAAAGAUGCCAUCUAGGACUUUCAUAGCUAGAGAGGAGAGGUCAAUGCCUGGCUUCAAAGCUUCAAAGGACAGGCUGACUCUCUUGUUAGGAGCUAAUGCAGCUGGUGACUUUAAGUUGAAGCCAAUGCUCAUUUACCAUUCUGAAAAUCCUAGGGCUCUUAAGAAUUAUGCUAAAUCUACUCUGCCUGUGCUCUAUAAAUGGAAUAACAGAGCCUGCAUGACAGCACAUCUGUUUACAACAUGGUUUACUGAAUAUUUUAAGCCCACAGUUGAGACCUACUGCUCAGAAAAAAAAAUUGCUUUCAAAAUAUUACUGCUCAUUGACAAUGCCCCUGGUCACCCAAGAGCUCUGAUGGAGAUGUACAGUGAGAUUAAUGUUGUUUUCAUACCUGCUAACUCAACGUCUGUUCUGCAACCCAUGGACCAAGGAGUCAUUUCAACCUUCAAGUCUUAUUAUUUAAGAAAUACAUUUCGUAAGGCUAUAGCUGCUGUAGAUAGUGAUUCCUCUGAUGGAUCUGGGCAAAGUAAACUGAAAGCCUUCUGGAAAAGAUUCACUAUUCUGGAUGCCAUUAAGAACAUUCGUGAUUCAUGGGAAGAGGUCAAAAUGUCAACAUUAACUGGAGUUUGGAAGAAGUUGAUUCCAGCCCUCAUGGUUGACUUUGAGGGGUUCAAGACUUCAGUGGAGGAUGUAACUGCAGAUGUGGUAAACAUAGCAAAAGAAUUAGAAUUGGAUGUGGAGCCUGAAGAUGUGACUGAAUUGCUGCAAUCUCAUGAUAAAACUAUAAUGGAUGAGGAAUUGCUUCCCAUGGGUGAGCAGAGAAAGUGGUUUCUUGAAAUGGAAUCUACUCCUGGUGAAGAUGAUGUAAAGAUUGUUCAAAUGACAACAAAGGAUUUAGAAUACUACAUAAACUUAGUUGAUAAAGCAGCAGCAGGGUUUGAGAGGAUUGACGCUAAUUUUGAAAGAAGUUCUUCUGUGGGUAAAAUGCUGUCAAACAGUAUCUCAUGUUACAGAGACAUUGUUCGUGAAAGGAAGAGUCCAUCAGUGAGGCAAAUUUCAUUAUUGUCUUAUUUUAAGAAAUGGCCACAACCACCCCAACCUUCAGCAACCGCCACCUUGAUCAGUCAGCAACCAUCAACAUCAAGGCAAGACCCUCCACCAGCAAAAAAAUUAAGGCUUUCUGAAAGCUCGGAUGAUGGGAAGAGGAAAUGAAAAUAUCAGUUGCUUUUAAACAUUGAAAAGAAAUCUAGAGUCUUCUUAGCAAGCUGAAAAAAGUGAGUAGAACAAAGGUACUAUAACAUAAGAUAAAAUUAUAUUUAUUUGAGGUUAAUAUUUUUUUUAAUGUUUUGCUAACCUUGUGCUUUAUUAUAGGUUUGUGAUUACAUAUAAUUUGAGUUGAAAAUCCAAGAAGUAUUUAAAUUUUUGGAAGACCGAAGAAAUAUUUUUCUUAGGUUUUUUUUUCGGCAAAAUUUAGACCAUUAUACUAACUCAAAGACAAAAAUUUCAGGGAAAAUGGAGUGUGGUAUUUAAAAUUGUCAUUACAGUUUUACUUUUGCAUUCCUUCUUCCCUUUUGAACCUGAUUGAAAUAUAUGAAUAUAGAACUUGGAAGGUAUUUUUGCAUGUGACAUAGGGAACUUACUGUGAUUCUGAUGGAUAAUUUCAGUGGUGGUGGGGAAAUUUUCUGAAUUUGUCAGUGUGAUUAUUAGUAACUCAAAUGGUUCAAAUAUAUAAAGUCCCCCUCAAAAGUAACUUCUCCAAAUAUUCAAUAUGUAGCAAAUACAAGUCAGAGUAUUGUUUUACAGUAUUACUCUGAAUUAAUGAAUUAACACCUUUAUAAGCAAAAUUGUAAAAGAACAGAAAUACAGCAUAAUGAAUUACAGGUUAGGGGCCUCAAAUCUCCACAUAGUCAAAACUCCAUGUAUAACUUUUGACUCCUCCAGACUCCCCCAAAAAUCCAUGUAUAACUUUUGACUCUCCUAACUCCCCCCAAAAUCGAUGUAUAACUUUUGACUCCCCCAAAACUUAACUACUAAUAGCCUACAGUCGACGGAAGCUGUAUUACCAAUAAGGUAAACAGGUGAUACAUUAUGUACUGUAUUCUAACAAUAAAGUAAUCUAGAGAAAAAAUAUUAAAAUUAUAGUGAAGAGAAAAUAAAUUUAUGGUACUGGACUGCAAAAAAGUCUGCAUGUAAAAGGGCCCAUGUAGUUGAAACUCAUUUUUUUCAAAGGUCACCUGUAUUUGGUUUGCUAGGUGAGUCUAAAUAAUUUUGUGCCCAAAGGAUCCUGAACAUAUUUAGUCACUCUAGUUAUUUAAGAAUUUAAACAAGAAGAUUUUAAAGUUAUAUAUUCUUACAAUACAUAUAGGGGCAUUUAAAGUUAACAAAUUUAUGGUUUUUUCCAUUGAUAUACUUUUAAGAAUAACUUAAAAAGUUUUCUAUUUCAAGUGACUCUUUGACCUACUUAUUUUGUAUCUGUAUUUAUAAUGUACCCUUUAUUGUUUCUAGGUAUUGAUAUACUUUAAUAAAAAAUAAUAUAUUUACUAUUUUCUGCUAUUAAUAUAUGUAUUUCUUUGAGGUUAUUUUAAAAGAUUUACUACCUAUUUGUUGUCAAAUUCUGGGUUAAACCUGUUGGCAAGACACAAAAUCAUACAUUUUGGAAUAUAAGUUAGUUAAAGGCCUGUGGAGAUUUGUUGUGGCAGCUGCUUCAAGAAUUGAAAAAGUAAAGUAAGAUUUUAUAAUUGACAUUACUGUGGAUGAAAUGGCAGAAUUCAAUAAAACAUUCUAGUAUUUUAAA